AUGGCCGAUUGGGGGGCCAGUAGAGGCGAGGCUGCUGCUUGUUUACAUUCCGUGCCGAACCGAUCGACGGGAGUGGCCGUCUGUGAUAAGAAGGUUCUUCAUAACGUCCUCGUGGAGUUGUAUGAGAAGGAUACCAUGAACCCCGACGAUCUCCUGGCCCACAUCCACACCAACGCCAACGGGGAAUUCCAGCUGUAUGGUGAGCACGACGAGGCCGGCUACAUCAGGCCGUACCUCCGUGUCCGGCACAACUGCCACGCCAAGCCGAACUGCGCCCGCAUCGCCGAGUACCAGAUCCCGCAGUCCGCCCUUGGAGACGUCUACGACAUGACUUUCUUGACGCUGGACAUCAAGGUGGCCGGCGAGACGGAAGGAAUCGCCGUCUGUCAAAAGAAACGUCUCUCCAACGUGAAGAUUGAGCUGUGGGACCGUGAUACCCUUGACCCGAACGACCUCCUCUCGACCGUGUUCACCAACGGCGACGGCGAGUUCACGAUCACUGGUGGAGAGGACGAGGUCGGAAAGAUUGAGCCCUUCAUCCGCGUCACCCACAACUGCAAGACCAAGCCUUACUGCCAACGUAUCGGUGACUUCGAGGUUCCCCAAGAGAAGAUCGACGGCACCUACGACAUGACGUACCUCACUCUCGAUAUUGCGGUGUCCGGCGAGAAGGAGAAGUGCAUG